UCACUGAUAUUCAUGAGCUCAUGAAUAUUCAUGAGCUCAUGAAUAUUCAUGAGUUUGUUGAUGUUUAUGGUUUGUUUGAUAUGCGUGGCCUCAUUGAUGUUCAUGAGCUCGUCAAUAUUCUGUGACCGCCAAUGUGUGCGAUUCUGCUGGGGUGAUAACAUUGGCGAUGGUGAUGGUGGUGGUGAUGGUGAUGAUGGCGGUGGUGAUGAUGGUGAUGGUGGGGAUGGUGAUGGCGGUGAUGAAGAGGAGGAAAAGCCGAAGCAAAAGUUUGCUGUUCCUCAAAUCGCUGCUCCAAAAAUCCCGGAGGGAGAGAAAGUCGAUUUUGAUGACAUCCACCGCAAGCGUCUUGAGAAAGACUUCCUGGAGCUGCAGACGCUGAUCGAGGCGCACUUCGAGAAGCGCAAGAAGGAGGAGGAAGACCUCGUGGCGCUCAAGGGGCGAAUCGAGAAGCGCCGUGCAGAGCGCUCCGAGCAGCAGAGAAUCCGCGCCGAGGCAGAGAAGGAGCGGCAGACAAGGAUGGCGGAGGAGAGGCUGCGAAAGGAGGAGGAGAUGGCCAGGAAGCGCAUGGAGGACGACCUCCAGAAGAAGAAGGCUCUCUCGAACAUGUCCAUGCACUACGCCGGAUUCCUCUCCAAGGCACAGGGUGAGCGAGGUCGUGGUGGCAAGAAGCAGACUGAGAGGGAGAAAAAGAAAAAGAUUUUGUCGGAUCGCAAGAAGACGCUGAACAUAGAACACCUUGGUGAAGACAAACUCAGGGAGAAAGCGAAGGAGCUCUGGCAGUGGAUUUAUGAACUGGAGUCGGAAAAAUUUGAUCUCCUUGACAAGUUCAAGCGUCAAAAGUACGAUAUCAACGUGCUUCGUAAUCGGAUUGCUGAGCAUCAGAAAUACAGCGCCAAGGGCGCCCGUGGCGGCAACAAGGGCAAGGUCGGAGGGCGCUGGAAGUAGCGGUGACCUUUUGACCUCUACGCUUUGACCCCCCGCCCCCCCAACCAUUAUAAUUACCCAGAAUCCUCCACUGCGAACGGGUUCAAUCCGCUGCUGGAUGAAGGUCACACAGACAAAUGUCCCCGUGUAGCCUCGGAGCGCGCCAGGGGCAAGUGCUGCAAGUAGCGGCGCGCCCGGCCGCCUUUGUAUCCCCCUAGUGGCGA